UCUCCGAGCCAGGUGACAAAGUAAAGAUUCUUGCUAUCCCAUUUAAACAGGCAACUCAAGAAGAGCUCAAAGAUCGACAAAAAAAAACAGUAUCAGAAUUGAACAUGCUUAAUCCACGCCUGUACAACAGCAAGCCUGUUUGCUGCAGUGCUAAAAUCGCUAGAUUCUUGACACACAAUAGCUGGUGGUAUAACGGUUGUCCAAUCUGCCGCAAGCAGCUUCGACAGAAACAAAAUUAUAAUGAAAUGAGUUGUAUUAAACAUGAAACACAACAGCCUUUGCCAUGUUACAGAGUAUACGUAACAAUCGAAGACCGGGAAAAUGAAGCCAUACUGAUUGUAAUGGGAGAAGCAGCUGAACAACUCUUUGGCAAUACCUGUCCAGAAUUACUAAACAAACAACAAGAACCUACAAGACAAGCAUUGCCAAAGGAGAUUGAAAAUGCAAUCGGCCAACAAUACCUCUUCGAGAUUCAACCAAAAUCUCAUGGUGAACUGAUUGUGAAAUCUGUUUCUCCAGAUCCACAAAGUUUUGUAGCAGUAUCAGAACAACAUCCAACAACCGCAACACCAGAUCGUCCUAGCACAGAAAGAAAAAGAACAGUGGAAACAAGUAAGAAAGCACUCUUCACCACUGAACAAGAGAAAAAAAGCAAAAGGCAAUCCCGGCAUCAAGGAACUACAUCAUCAUCCCUUCAAAGCGAGCAACAUGAAACACAAACAAGUCGCUGAACAAGAAUCCGAUCUCUCUGUGUUUGUAACAUAUAUUAUAUUAACUUAUUUGUUUUAGUUACAGCUGUGCUGACUACUUUUGCUUUUGUAUAAUUGUAGUCAGCGAAUCAACUGAAAAGCAGCUAGAACAAUUAUUUUUUUGGGUAAAUUCUGCUGCAUUUUUGAUCACUGAAUUUCAGUUGAUUCUACAGCCAAGCAGUGGGAGCAAUUAAUUUUUUGAAGUACUACUCAAGUAAGUUUUGCUCCACUGAAUGUACUAUAACAAAAAUGUAAAAAGGCAAAACAUUGUACUCUCUCAGUUAUGUGUAAUAUCUAAUGAUAUCAAAGUAGUUCUUAAUCAUAUCUACUCUCUAUUGUUCAGA